AUGGCCACUCUCCCAGCAGCAGAAACCUGGAUAGACGGCGGUGGAGGCGUGGGUGCAGACGCCGUUAACCUGACCGCCUCGCUAGCUGCCGGGGCGGCCACAGGGUCAGUUGAGACUGGGUGGCUGCAACUGCUAGACCAAGCUGGCAACCUCUCCUCCUCCCCCUCCGCGCUGGGACUGCCUGUGGCUUCCUCCGCGCCCUCCCAGCCCCGGGCCAACCUCACCAACCAGUUCGUGCAGCCGUCCUGGCGCAUCGCGCUCUGGUCCCUGGCGUAUGGUGUGGUGGUGACAGUGGCAGUUUUGGGAAAUCUCAUCGUCAUCUGGAUCAUCCUGGCCCACAAGCGCAUGAGGACUGUCACCAACUACUUCCUUGUGAACCUGGCUUUCUCCGACGCCUCCAUGGCCGCCUUCAACACGUUGGUCAAUUUCAUCUACGCGCUUCAUAGCGAGUGGUACUUUGGCGCCAACUACUGCCGCUUCCAGAACUUCUUUCCUAUCACAGCUGUGUUCGCCAGCAUCUACUCCAUGACGGCCAUUGCGGUGGACAGGUAUAUGGCUAUUAUUGAUCCCUUGAAACCCAGACUGUCUGCCACAGCAACCAAGAUUGUCAUUGGAAGUAUUUGGAUUCUAGCAUUUCUACUUGCCUUCCCUCAAUGUCUUUAUUCCAAAACCAAAGUCAUGCCAGGCCGUACUCUCUGCUUUGUGCAAUGGCCAGAAGGUCCCAAACAACAUUUCACUUACCAUAUUAUCGUCAUUAUACUGGUGUACUGUUUCCCAUUGCUCAUCAUGGGUAUCACAUACACCAUUGUUGGAAUUACUCUUUGGGGAGGAGAAAUCCCAGGAGAUACCUGUGACAAGUAUCAUGAGCAGCUAAAGGCCAAAAGAAAGGUUGUCAAAAUGAUGAUUAUUGUUGUCAUGACAUUUGCUAUCUGCUGGCUGCCUUAUCAUAUUUACUUCAUUCUCACUGCAAUCUAUCAACAACUAAAUAGAUGGAAAUACAUCCAGCAGGUCUACCUGGCUAGCUUUUGGCUGGCAAUGAGCUCAACCAUGUACAAUCCCAUCAUCUACUGCUGUCUGAAUAAGAGAUUUCGAGCUGGCUUCAAGAGAGCAUUUCGCUGGUGUCCUUUCAUCACAGUUUCCAGCUACGAUGAGCUAGAGCUCAAGACCACCAGGUUUCAUCCAACCCGGCAAAGCAGUAUGUACACUGUGACCAGGAUGGAGUCCAUGACAGUCGUGUUUGACCCCAGCGAGGCAGACACCACCAGGUCCAGUCGGAAGAAAAGAGCAACGCGAAGAGACCCAAGUUUCAAUGGCUGCUCUCGCAGGAAUUCCAAAUCUGCCUCCACCACUUCAAGUUUCAUAAGCUCACCCUAUACCUCUGUGGAUGAAUAUUCUUAA